AUGUCCCAGAAAUUUGCUAACGCGGACAACAUUCUCCUGAGAGAAGACCUUGGCAAACCUAACAAGCAUGUUCAGAAAGGUUUUACCGCUGCAUACCCAACUCAAUCCUCCAUUCCGUAUAGAUACAGGACGACAGUAAUUCCAGAAUCAGAAAAAAAGGGAUUUAACAGCCAAGCCAGGAGAUUUUAUAGCAAAAAGGAUGACAUCCCGGGCCCUGGGUUCUACAACGUCAUCCACCAGUCUCCAGUGUUCAACAGUGUCUCUCUCUCCAAGAGAGGAACCUGCACUUUCCCCUCCACGUGUGCCCGGCUGGGCACCGUCAUCUCUAAAAAUCCUGCUGCAAACGCAUAUACCAUCCGGUCGGAGUUGGUUUCCAAGAAGGACUUCAGCAAUUCCUGUUCCAGCAUGUUCCAGCUGCCAAGCUUCAUGAAAGUGGUCAAGUCUGAAACCCCUGCCCCAAACUAUUACAACGCCUCCAUCGCCUCCUGCAAACAGAAAAACAAUGUCUGCGCUCGAGCCGGGUUUCUAUCGAAAACGCCGAGAGGAUUCAUGCCCUCGUCUGGGUCUGGAGGGCCAGCCCCAGGGUAUUACAAUGUCAAUGAGUCCCUGGUGAAGCAAUCACCAAAGUGCUUAAUGUCCUGCUUCAAAUCCAAAACUGACCGUGGAUUAAAACCGAACUCAACAGGCCCAGGGCCCGGCUACUACAACCCGAACGAUCAAACCAAGAUUCUGAAAAAAGCUCAUCUCCCGAAAACUACGCUCCUGAAUUUUUCUGCCUACCCUCUGCCUCUGCCCCCAAAGCCACCUCUGCCUGGUCCUGGUCAGUACGAGAUUGUGAACUACGAGGGACCCCCUAAGCACUUCAUCUCCAGUGCAUCAUUUGUGUCCAAUACCAGCCGGUGGCCAAUGAAGUCAUCCAAACCAAACCUUCCUGGCCCAGCCACGUACAAGCCAGAGAUUCCGGGGAAGCAGUCCUUCCUCUACAAUGAAGAUAACAAAUGGAUCCCUGCGGUCUAG